CAUAGAAAUCGCUUUAACGCUCACGGAAUACCACCUGAUCCGAUCCUUGUAUAAUUCUGAGUCGAACAGGGGGACAAUGCAGGUGGCCACGCGCACCCUGCGCUCUUCGGUGCGCCCCUUCACGCCAAAUGCUGUCCGGGUGCCCCGAUGCCUUGUAGUAUCCGUGUCUGCCUCCGACCGCCUUCGACUGCAUAACCUCAGCCCCGAGCCUGGCAGCCGUCACCUUGAAAAGCGGAAGGGUCGUGGUCAUGCUGCGGGCCAGGGUGGCACUUGCGGCUUUGGUAACCGCGGCCAGAAGUCGCGUUCGGGCCCAAGCGUACGCCCCGGCUUUGAGGGUGGCCAAACGCCCCUUUACCGACGCCUUCCUAAGCUGCGCGGUAUUGCCGGUGGCAUGGGCGCUGGCCUCCCGGACUUUGUGGUGGUCAACCUAGAUGACCUGGAUAAGCAUUUUGCCGCGGGAGAGGAGGUUACGCUGGAGGCGGUGAAGGAGAAGAUCGUGAACGUUAGCGGCCGCGAGGCGAAGCUACCACUGAAGAUCCUCGGCUCCGGCAGCCUGAGCAAGUCCCUGACUGUGCGCGCGGGGGCUUUCUCCGAGUCCGCUAAGGCAGCCAUCGAGGCAGCUGGGGGCAAGGUGGAGAAGCUGGCCGCCAAGCCUAAGUGGACGCGCAAGCUGCACAAGAAGGUUGUGGCGGAGAUGGCCAAGAACGGACUGGACUAUGAGAAGGAGAAGCUGAAGAAGCGGAUUGAUAACCUCAAAUCCAAGGGCAUGUACGUGGAGCGGGUGGUGAAGAAGAAGGCCGCGCCGGCGGCGGGCAAGAAGAAGUAGGGAGGUUAAGGGAUGAGGGCGGAAGCAGGAGGGUAGGGUGUGCAGUGGUUGGUAGGGCGUUGGGCUGAGAGUUUGGGGCCUGGGUUGCAAGAGGGGGCAAGAGGAAAAAGCCAAGAGGAAUGCCCGUUUGCUUGAGCGCACAGUGAAUGAUGGCUGACAGAACAUUAGGAUGCCAGGCCUGCCUGUUAGAACCCAGACAAAGGAAGGGAGGCACGCAAGUCAAGAAGCGCCCUGAAGUUUUUGGAGUCGUGUUUGCGAUUGCGGUCGUUGGGGUUCCAGUGGAAGCAUGAGAAGUUUUUUUGUGUUUUACUGAGCUACUAGGAGAAGAUAAGCCACGGGGCGCAUGUACCGUUCAAUGAGACCAGGGGGCGAUGGAGAGGGCAAUUUUGGGACGGGAAGUCCGUGCCCUCCCAGGCUUUACCAUGCGUGUUUUGGUUGUUUGCGGCUGUAUGCUGUAAGCCUGUCAAAUGUGCCCUACGCUCCGGUACGCC